UCACCCCCCGCCCACACCUCUUGUCUCCCUAGUCGGGGCGAGAGACCCCGGGGAGCCAUGCUGUCCUUAGACGAGCCCCUGGACCUGAAGCUGCCUUCAGGCCGGACCGACGGACACCUGAGGGCGGGCAAGAGGACCUGCUCGGCCUCCAUCUGUGCCCCGCUCAGCGCGGCACGCCAGCGUCUCUUACGCACCGCCUUCCCUUCUCCGCCCUCCUCCCCAGACUCCCGCUGCCCGUCACAAGAGCGACCCAGGUCCUGCUGCACCCCCCCAGCAAUGGAUCUCAGCCUGUCCCCCUCCAGCCGCCACCACACCUCCCCCUCUCCCUCCUGCUUCUCCCCCUGCCCCCCCUCCCCCACCUCCCCCCGGGCCUCCCCUCUCAGCAGCAGCAGCCCUCUGCCCUCCCCCUUCUCCCGGGAGCCAUCCACUCAGCACUACAUCGAGGGAAGAGGGUCCCCUGAUGGCUAUCCAUUUUACCUGCCAAUCAAAGGCCAAGGGGGCGGUUAUAACUUCCCCACCUCCGUGUUCAUCGGUCGGACCAGGGAAAGCCACGAGCUCUCAACGUUGGACGACCAAUUGGCCUGCCGCUGGAUGAAAUGCCACCUGCUCUUUGACACGCUUCAGGAGCUGGUGGACCACAUCAACGACCACCACGUGAAGCCUGAAAAGGAUUCUGGGUACUGCUGUCAGUGGGAGGGCUGUGCCCGCAACGGCCGAGGCUUCAACGCCAGGUACAAAAUGCUGAUUCACAUCAGGACUCACACCAACGAGAAGCCGCACCACUGUCCAACCUGCCACAAGAGCUUCUCGCGCCUCGAGAAUCUGAAAAUACACACCCGCUCGCACACAGGAGAGAAGCCCUACGUCUGCCCCUACGAGGGCUGCAGCAAGCGCUACUCCAACUCCAGCGACCGCUUCAAGCACACGCGCACCCACUACGUGGACAAGCCCUACCGCUGCAAGAUGAGCGGCUGCCACAAGCGCUACACCGACCCCAGCUCCCUGCGCAAGCACAUCAAGGCCCACGGACACUUCGUGGCCCAGGAGCUGCGCCUGGCGGCCGGUCGGGCGGGGCCGCUGGCGGGCGAAGCGGCGGGGGGCCGAGGGUCCGCGUGGCAGGCCCACCGGGGGGCCCGACCGGACGGCGGGGACGGGCCGUUCGUCGGCCGGACCCACGUCAUCAUGCCCGCGGCCGCGGCCGCCCUCCUGGGGGGGCUCGGCGCCUCGCUGCCGCUGUCGGCCCUCUGCCACGCGGGCGCCUUCGGGCGGUCGCCGGACGCCCGGCUCGUGUCCCUGGGGACGGCGGGGGGAGGGGGGCUGAGCCUGAGCGACUCCCUCCGGAGCCCCGUGGGGCUCUCGGCUGCUUCCCUGCUGGGACUGCACCCCCCGCUGGUAGCCAGGGGGGGAGCGGGUGAGGAGGGGGAGGGGGAGGAGCAGGGGAGGCGGGAGGCUCGGGUGUUCAACCUAUCAGUGGGGAUGGGGGGCCGAGUGGGAGACACCCUCCCGUGGCUCAUGGUUCCUCCCUCUGCCUUCCUCCUGAGGCCGGUUGUUGGCAGCUAGGGAUGUGUCUGUGUGUCCGUCUGUGAGUGGACGUGUGUGCGUGAGAGUCUGUGUUUUUGAGUGUGAGUGUGUGUGUGUGUGUUGUGUGUGUGUGUGUGUGUAUUUGCAUGUAUUGAGGUUAGGUGUGUGGAGUGACUUUUUACAACAAAAACAUUCCACUGAAAGUCCGAAGAACCACCAACAUGCAAAUCACGACCGCCUCCAGCCUAUGACAGCAGUGGAUUAUCUUUGUUCACCAUGCCAGAAAUGUUGCUUUGUAGAACCUAGAUUUUAUUAGAAUCUAGCAUCUACCCUAAUGAAGGGUGCCAUCUUUCAUUGCAUUAUAUUAAAGGUUUAAUUUUACUUGCAAGCAAGUAAAACCACUACAGACAGUGGGCUCAGUUAUAAUGGAAUGAGUCAGAGGGUUGGUUGGAACAUAUUAUUAAUAGUUAUAAUAGUAAUAAUAAUAAUUAUAAUAAUAACAAUCAAGCAAACUAUGGAAAUGACUUUGGUACAUUCAUGCAGACCUAUUUUAACGUUAUGAAUCAAAUGUUGAAAAAAGAAAAGUUCAAUCAUUCAGACCUAUGAGCUAUAGUGGAUGCCGUGAUGAAUGUUUCCCUUAAUCACCAGUACCACAUCAUCAAUCUUUUUGAUCUCUGGUCAGGGAUCGGUGGGGACCAACAGUUCCGAAAGAAAACUCGGGAAGCACAUCACAGUUAAUUCUGUCCUGUCGACAAAGAUCUGUACCAGAUCUGCACAACUUUUUCUUUUUCUUUCAGAGGUCGCCAAGCCUCAUGUCUGCUGCAGCCCUGUGUGAUGGGGGAUUGUGCAUACGCAUUGGCCUGAAUGCUGUACAUACUCUGCCAUACUAUAUUUAGACGCACAAUCGGAAGCUACACAGUGCUUUCAAAAGCCCUGCCAAAAAAACGUAUAUUAGAAAAACACAAACAUCUAAUGUACUGUCUUUUGUAAUAUAUUAUAAUGUAAUACAUUUCAGACAAUGGCCACAUCCGGCCAGUACAAAAGGAUUUAUCAUAUCUUAUUGUUUGCACAUUGACAUAUUUGAACUAAUCAGUAUUCCAAGUGUUUUUAGUGCCUUGUGUUAAACACUGCCGUCAGUGUAUGAGGUACUAAGGUAUAUACUGUACAUGUAAAGGUCCAAAAAAUGUAAGCUCCUUCUUUCUAACCAAUGACAAGUUUGAUUCAUACAUCAUUGCCACUGCAUCUCCUCCUUUAAAUAACAUUUUUGUUAGACGUCCAUGAUGACGACAAUGACUUCCAGUAUGUCAAUAAACACAUGGGAAAUAAUCUUUUCUUAGA